AUGAAGGCCACCAAAAAUCCCCAGCCAGUAUCGGCUUCCCAUAACGAGAAUGUUCCUUCACUUGACAAUACCCCAGCCCACGAGGCACACAUGAUAAAGGGUCUCAUUGUCGGUGGGAAAUACCGCGACGAACUUUCACAAGAGCAAAGCCAGCACUACGACAGCAGCUUAUUGCAAGAGGUCGAUGUCGACCUUCCCCUCACAGCCACCAAGCCCGUGCAGCACGACGGCCAAGAAUUCGUCGUACUUGACUUCAUAGAAGGAGACAAGGAGAACCCCUUCAACUGGAGUUCAGGCCGGAAGGCCUUCAUCAGUGCUCAGCUUUGCUGCAUGACACUUUUCAUCGGUCUCGCCACGACAGCAUACAGUUCCGGAAUUUCAGGCAUGGCAAAAGAACUGGGAACAACAGAAUUGAUUGGAAAGCUUGGUCUAUUCACGUUCAACUUUACCUGUGCACUUGCUCCUCUUUUCCUCGCUCCGUUCUGUGAACUGGCUGGUCGACGAGUGAUCUAUAUCGGUGCCUACGUGUGCUUCUGUCUCAUGUUCAUCGGCCUCGCGCUGGGCAAGAACAUUGCCACGAUCCUAGUUUGCCGUGCGCUGCUGGGUCUUUUCGGUUGUGUUGGUACAAUUCUUGUCGGUGGCACCUUUGGUGACAUGUAUACACCCGAACACCGCGCUAUCCCUAUGGCUUGCUUCUCCUUCAUCGCUAUCCUCGGUACAGUGGGUGCCCCCAUCUACGCCGGCUUUAUCGACCAGGCUCUCGGCUGGCGCUGGCUCGAGGGUAUCCAGGGUUUGGCGAAUAUUCCCCUUGGUAUCGUCAUUGCCAUAUGCCUCCCUGAAACUCGUGGCAGUGUCUGUCUUACCAAGCGUGCCAAGGCAAUUCGCCAGGCCACCGGUGAUGACCGUUUCGUGACCAACAACGAUAUCGAAGCGCCCGGAAUCAAGCACAUGUUGCACAACUCCUCCGUCAAGGCCGUGAAGAUGCUCUUCAGUGAGCCCGUCGUUUUCGCAUUUGGUCUUUGGAUCAGUUUUGCCUGCGUGGCUGGAACGAAGGAGUCUCGGGUCUCCCCCUAUAUCUCCCUCUGCCUCGGAACCACCAUCGGUUUUGGUCUCAACUUCUUCCAAAUCAGAAAAUACCAAUCCCUCACCUCCGACCCGAACGCUAAGGUCGCACCCGAAGCUCGGUUAUACGGUGCCCUAUGCGGAGCCGUCUGGCUGCCGAUCGGAUUGUUCCUCUACAGCUUCACCCAGUACAAGGGUCUCCAUUGGAUCGGUCCCGUCAUCGGCCUGGCACUCAUCACCAUCGGUAUCUUCUUCAUCUUCGAGUCCUGCUACAGUUACACUGCCGAUUGUUAUGGAGAACACUCUUCUUCUGCCAUUGCUGGUCAAGGUUUCAUGCGUAACACACUCGGUGCUGUGUCGCCUCUGUUUGCUUCUCAGUUCUUCCACAACAUGGGGAGUCAGUACGCUGGAUUAUUGCUGGCAUUGGUCGCGACCGUCCUGACAUUCAUUCCGUUCGUCCUGUUCAAGUUCGGUCCUGCGCUGCGCGCACGCUCGAGACUUGCCUCUGCUACUGUGAACGGCACCGACUAA